CUGGCACCCAGAGCACCGGAGAGGACGCGAGGGGGGACACACUAACGGGACACCGGGCAGGGACAGACUCUCGGAGGAAUCACGCGGAGGGAAUACGCGCCGGGUUCAUAUGGCGUUCGUCUCCACUUUCACUUUUUACGCAUCGGGGGUUUUCUCCUCCUGACGCAGCAGCGGCGCAGGAAACUGACUUCUAACCAACAGCUGCCCAAACACAUCCUCUCCUCCCGUCAGCCUCUCGGCCGCAGCUUCUAUUUUCCACGUCUUCAUCUCCAACUUUCCGGUCCAGAGAAACGUGGACGGAGUUUGUCCGCGGUGCGUCACGGAGGAGAAGUCGUGUCCAGUCCGACAGGUGCAGCUCCGAUCUGCUCCCGCUUCCACAAGCUGUGUGUUCACUCCACAGGACUUGUCUGCAGAUGAAGAUGCAGUAGAGGAAGCAGCUUCGUCUUCGUUCCCCCUGACAUGGCCUCCUCCCCUGAGCUGGACACCGAUCAUUUACCGCUGCUCCAGCUGCAGGAGGUGGACUCCAGUAAGACGUCCGAGAGGCCGAGCUCCCCGGUGUUCCUGCCCUCCGUGUACACCCCCCCGCUGGCCAUGGACAACCACACCAUCUGCAUUCCCUCUCCGUACGCAGAGAGCGGCCACGAGUUCAACCACGGACCCCUGACGUUCUACAGCCAGCCCGUGCUGAGCUACGCCAGAGCGCCCGUCCCUGAGAGCCAGUUGUCCCUGUGCCCCCCCCUCAGCCCCUCGGCCUUCUGGCCCUCCCACGGUCACACCAACGUGCCGUCACUGACUCUGCGCUGCCCCCAGCCGCUGGUCUACAGCGAGCCGAGCCCACACGGACCCUGGCUGGAGCCCAAGGCCCACGGCAUCAACUCCAGCAGCUCCAUCAUCAGCUGUAACAAGCUGCUGGGGACCAGGUUAGAGGACGGGGCCAACUCCUCGUCCUGCUCGUCUGCGGGGGGGAAAGCCGACAUGCACUUCUGCGCCGUGUGUCACGACUACGCCUCGGGGUACCACUACGGGGUGUGGUCCUGUGAGGGCUGCAAGGCCUUCUUCAAGAGGAGCAUCCAGGGACACAACGACUACAUCUGUCCGGCCACAAACCAGUGCACGAUCGACAAGAACCGGCGUAAAAGCUGCCAGGCCUGCCGUCUACGGAAAUGCUACGAAGUGGGCAUGAUGAAAUGUGGUGUGAGACGUGAACGCUGCAGCUACCGGGGGCCUCGGCAUCGCCGUGGUGGCCCUCAGCCUCGGGAUCCGACGGGCCGGGCUCUGGUCCGGAUGGGGCCCGGCCCUCGAGCUCCACGGCCCCUCCACAUGGAGACGCCUCUCGCCCCCUUCGCCACCCUGCCUCAGGCGACCCACGUGCACCACUCGGCCAUGAGCCCGGAGGAGUUCAUCUCCCGCAUCAUGGAGGCCGAGCCUCCGGAGAUCUACCUCAUGGAGGACAUGAAGAAGCCCUUCACCGAGGCCAGCAUGAUGAUGUCCCUCACCAACCUGGCAGACAAGGAGCUGGUGCUCAUGAUCAGCUGGGCCAAGAAGAUCCCUGGGUUCUUAGAGCUGAGUCUGGCAGAUCAGAUCCACCUGCUGAAGUGCUGCUGGCUGGAGAUUCUGAUGCUGGGCCUGAUGUGGAGGUCGGUGGAUCAUCCUGGAAAACUCAUCUUCUCUCCGGACUUCAAACUCAACAGGGAGGAGGGUCAGUGUGUGGAGGGCAUCAUGGAGAUCUUCGAUAUGCUGCUGGGAGCCACGUCUCGGUUCCGCGAGCUGAAGCUUCAGAGGGAGGAGUACGUCUGCCUGAAGGCCAUGAUCCUCCUCAACUCCAAUCUGUGUACGAGUUCCCCUCAGACCACCGAGGAGCGGGAGAGCAGGAACAAGCUGCUGCGGCUGCUGGACUCGGUGAUCGAUGCUCUGGUCUGGGCCAUUUCCAAGCUGGGGCUGUCCACCCAGCAGAAGACGCUGCGCCUCGGACACCUCACCAUGCUGCUGUCACACAUCCGCCACGUCAGUAACAAAGGCAUGGACCACCUGUCCAGCAUGAAGAGGAAGAACGUGGUGCUGGUGUACGACCUCCUUCUGGAGAUGUUGGAUGCCAACACAUCAGGAAGCAGCAGCAGCAGCAGCAGCAGCCAGAUGUCCUCCUCCCCGAGCUCUGACAUCUACUCUGAGCAGCAGCAGUACCCUGCACCUCCGUCUCACCUGCAGCCCGGCUCGGACCCGAGCGACCAGGAGCCUCCACACAGACCGACCCAGGACCUGGACAGACACCUGCAGGCGGGGCCGCUCCAGGCCACACCUCCACCUCCCAGUCUGGUCGGGACCCACAUGGAGAGCAACGAUUACAUCCACCCAGACCAGUGGUCGCUGGACGCUGGUGAGGGCGGCUCCCCCCCCGUGGAUCCAGCGGACUGCCUCAUCUUCGAUCACGUUCUGCUGGGAUCCACGUUGGACGGAUGACGGGACAGAAGAGACACUGAACUGUAGCAGCUCUCCGUCCCCGAAGAAACAAGAAAACACACAAAAAACAUGAAAACACAAAGUGCUGUUGUGAGGUAAAAGCUUUUUGAGGUCGUUGAGAUGUUUUUAGUCCUUAGGAGAAAAAAGAAGGUCUUUGUUGAUCGAAUGUAUAUUUUGUGUGCGUUAGAUAUUUCCUGUGAAUGUGCACUAGCUGAACCGCUGCCAGUCAGUUUGUGCUCUUUUUGAUAAACAGUAUUUGUAUCUCCUUUUUCACGUCGGUGUCACAGAACAAGCCAUGGAACCGCCUGACGUGCACCGUGCACGUGGUCCACUCGGUUAAUACUCGUUUCCAUGAGGAGAGUUAGUUGUGUUUCCUCCUCCUUCACUACUUCUCUGUGUUUGGUGUUUGAAUCGGUGCCUGUUCAGGACUUUUCUACUCUCUGUUGUGGCCUUUUAAAGAAAUGACUGUUAAAAAAGCUUUUCCUGCUCCUCUGGUUAAAGAAGCUCGAGGUUCUUCACCGUCUCGUGGCACCGCUCCCAUGAUUUCACUGCAAAACUCUGCUGUACCUAAAAUGUAAAGUUGUAAACCUUAAAGCAACACUGUGUAACUUCUGAGCAGCAGCGCCCCCUGCAGAGAGAAAAACAACGUGAUGAGUGCAGCUCUAAUGCUUGGUAUUACCCAUGAUCCUCUGCUUCCUGACCCAGAAGAGCUGCUGCCAAGAACAAUCCACCAAACUCUGUUUAGAAUCCUUCAUAUUUCAAAGUUUCCAGCUGAGUAUUGGAGAUAAACUCAGUUUUUUAAUAACUUCUGAGUCUUUUAAACUGAUCUCAGUUCAGCUUCACUCUUCACCUGGAGCUGAUAGUGACAGUCGAAGCUGAGACUCUCGGUCAGUUCUUCUCUCAGGAGAUGGAACCCGCUCAGCAGAGUUCCUCAGUGUUGCUCUAACAGGAGUCCUCGUGUUCUUUGCUGUGAUUCCUGAAUCUUCCUCAGUGACCGAGACAGAAGGAGUGUGAGCGUCUGUCCUGUUCGGUCUGUUGUUCUUGGCUCUGUCGUCUUACGCUUCACGUCCUUCAGCGGUUUGUCUCCUCACGCAUGUGAAUCCUCCUGUUUGGAUUUUGUUCGCUGUGGUUUUCCUCUGGAUUCUUUUCCAGGUUCAGCCAAACAAACUGAGAAGCUGUAGCUGCUCCAUUAAGAUGCUUCUUGGACAAACAAUCAUGAGCGGUGCCACUUCUCUUCAGCUUUAGCUCCAGAUUGUCCACCGGUGACAGACAUGUGCCCUAGUCCCUCUGUCCUGGUGUUGUUGUUGUUGUACAUGCAUGAACCCACACAAAUGUUUCUCUUGACAGUUUGGACACAACACACACACACAAUCCAUUUCCUGGAUCCUGGAGCCAGCAAAUCAUGGCAAACACAGUUUAUUGUCAAUCAGUAACAACAAUCUAUACAUCCCAUAAAUAAGUGUUCACAAAAUAAAAUCAAACUUUACACACGUC